AUGGAUGUGAUCUCUAUCUCUCCCUCUCUCUCUUCGUAUUCAUUCCGGCUGGGAGCGUUUCUGCCAGCAUGGAGGCCACCGGAUGACAGUCGUGCCCGAAAGCUGUCCCUUGGACCAGCGCCGCCACGGAGGACGCUUUCAUCCUCAGGCAGCUUCGAUCUCAGUUCACCGAAAGCCAUGGAGGCUGGCGCUGGCUUCAGCAGCAUGAGCAGCCAGUGGGCAGCGACAGCCCAGCUCUUCGAUUCCAGUUUGCAGAAUAGCCUUUGCUUGACACCGUCCUCAUGUGCGAGCACGACGCGAACAGCUCCCUUCAGAACGCCAACACCACCACCUCGCACUCGGGCCGGGGCCAUGAAAGGGGACGGCAACAGCAGUGACUACUCAGACGACUUUGAAGCACCGGCUCCUCGGCCGCCACCUGGGUCUCCAGUGCCGCCAGCAGGUCCAACCCCACAUGCACCUCGCCCACCUGGCCCGCCUGGCCCUCCCACGGCCACGGGCGUGGCUCCGCCAACCUCUUCACCUUCACUUGCUCCUGCGCUGCCGGCACCAGCACCAAGCAGCCAACUUCCAUCGAUGCCUCCACCCCUGCCACCAGGCGCACCCACUGUGCCGGCUGCUCCCACGCCUGCGAAGCCCACGCCACCGACCGCAUCACCUGCACCACCCGCAAGUGUGCCUCAAGCACCCCUGCCACCCAGCAUGCCAGCUGCACCCCUCCCGCCUGCAGCACCUGCAGCACCUGCAGCACCUGCGGCACCUGCGGCGCCUGUGCCGCCGAUACCUCCAUCGUUACCAUUCGGCACGUACUCGGGCGAAGCAACACGGGAUGAUGAGAGCUUACUGCGAAUCCUGGGCGAGGUCAGCCCACCACCACCGCCGACGGGUCGAUCUCCCACGGCUUCCAGGAGCCCAGGCCGCCGCUCUCGAAAGAGCCCGAGUCGCAAAGGCGAAUCACCUCAGGAAACCACCAAAGUGCACGUGGUUGUUCAGCACCUUGCAGAACUCUGUGAGCCCAUCAGCAUGGCGCUUUGCUUGUCGGACUUCAUCCUGGAGAAGGACGUCAAAGUGGCUGGAGUUCAUCUCCGAAGGGGCAUGCGUUUGGUUCCAUGGGAGGGAUUGGAAAGAUGCCAGUCCUACGCAAGCCUUCUCCACAGCCUGGAGCAGUCAACGCAGCUGACCUUCGAGUGGCCGCAGGUCACGCCGCCUGCACCCGACCUCAUGUUCGUCUCCUACGAGUGGAUAUGUCCACAAUUCCUGGAGCGAGGGUUCGAUGUCCCGCAAGCACUGCGGGCUUUGCCAACACUGAUCCAGGUGCCGGAGGCUUCCAGCGCGGUCGCGCUCCUUCGCCGUGUCAUACCUGGCAUAGAGGACUUCAUCGACGGGCCACCUCGGAAUCUCUGGCAGCUAUCUGGCAUGGACAGAGUUCCUCAGAAGCUGCGAGAGCAUAUCCUGAAAGACUUCACCGACUGGGGUUUUCCUACCAGAUCUUCUGCAGGUGAGACCUGCCGCUUGCUGGCCACGCACUUGCACCGGCCCUUCGACCUGUCGCCUCUCCUGGACGUGGGUUCUUUGGCCAGGUGUCCAGACAGUGCCGCCGGUGUGCUCUUGCGCCGAGAAGCUGGCCGCUUUAUCCCUUUGCGUGAAGCAGCUGAGCAUCUCGGAGCUUGGGGAUCUUAA